GUGUACUGUGCAUAUACGGGGCUAUUAGAUAUAUUAUAGGGACACAAUAAAACCCUGAACGUGUUAUAGAUGCAUUGCCUGUCUCAUGGAUGUAUUCGUUAUUUUAUGAUGUCAUUACCCUUGGUAUCAGGAAAGUCCAUUUUUCAGAAGAGUCCAUGAGCUUGCCUAGCCCUUAGGUCGGCAAACCCGUAUUCUUAAUUAACUACAGUAAAUAUAAAAGAAACCAUUCUGCUAAUACUGUCUAGGAAUUAUGAGAUGUAUAUGUAGGGUAUAUAUCAACUGUAGUCCAUUGGCUUUGUCAUGCAUUACUGUGGUUAUAAAAGCAAUGUGUAGAUGACCUCUGUGUGAGCACCACUGGGCAUGCUUGUAGUCUGGUAAAGGCCUAACUAAUCCUCCGUACAUAUUCUGUAUAGCUCCCUGGAAAUUUGCUUUUGAUAAAAAAUAAAUCCAAGCUCUGCAUACGUGGAUAAAGGUUUGCCUGCCUUAGCUGAAGGGCGGAAGUGGGCUGGCCAUGGCAGUCUCAAAUGUGCUGGCAUUCUAAUUGCAAGUCUUUCACCACAGAUUGCUGCGUUUCUAAUGGAUUUGGAUUUACAACUGUAGACCAGUUAUAAGGAAAGAGCUAAUUUUGAUAGUCUUUGUGGACGUCUAAACAUUUUCAGGAAACAAUGGCAAGUUCAGAACCAAAAGACACAGAAAACUAUUCAGUGAAAAGUGACAGAUAUGAACGCUACGUUCCUUCUGUACAACUUACAAAGGGGCUUGAUGUAAGGGAAAUUUGCUCGGAAACAGGAGCAUCUUUUGAAAUCUCGGAAGAACAGCUCACGGACAAGGAGAAGUUCGACUGGCGAGAGAACUUUUUUGAUGACGAGGAAUUUGUUAAGAGCCUUAGACUUGGAGCAGGAAAUGGGAUUUUCGAAGAUGAAGAAUCAGCUUCAGAAGAGGAUGGAGAGCCGUUUCAAAAAUUGGCUCGAAGAAUGGAAGACAUGACAGGCGAUGGUGGUGUGCUGAAGAUGAUUGUGCAACCAGGUAUCGGCGGACACAUCCCAGACAAUUCGACCAUCAUAUUCCACUAUAGUGCAUUCCUGGAAUACCUUGAUGAACCCUUUGACUCCUCAUACUUGCGCAAGAAACCUGAGAAGAACAAGGUUGACAGUGGAAGCAUAAUUCCAGGACUAAAUGUGGCUAUUAAGACAAUGAGGAAGCGUGAGACAGCUCGGUUUCUCAUCAGGCCACAGUAUGCAUACGGAAAGUUAGGAUGCCCACCUAGGAUACCAGGUAAUGAGACACUAUUGUACGAGGUGUACAUCGUUAAUAUCAUUGAUGAUGCUGCAGCUGAUGCUUACGAUGAACUUGAUGAAAAGAUGCAGACUAACACGACUUUUGAGCAAAGGCUGGAAGCAGCCCGAGGAUUCCAUCGUAAGGGCAACAACCACUAUAAAGAAGGCUACUUAAAAGCAGCCAAGGACUGCUACCUCCGAGCUGCCUGGAUCAUGGAAGAUGCAAGACUUAAGAAUGAGGCAGAGGAACAACAGAGAACUUCCUUGUUGAUGAAGAUGCGUAGUAAUUUGGCACAGGUUUAUCUGGACUUGAAGGAACCAGCAAGAGCUUGUACCCAGUGUAAAUUAGGGUUUGAAGUUGCAGCUGCAGGUCUUUGCUCAGAGGAUGUUAUGGCUAAGCUGUACUUUAGGUCGGGCAAAGCCAAAGUGAUGCUGAGCAGCUUUAAGGGUGCACAUAAGGACCUGCUGGCAGCUCAACGCAUUAAACCAAACAACCCAAGCAUCUCGGCAGAGCUAGAGGAACUGUACCUUAAGCAGGAGAAGUCUGAGGCCCAGGAGAAGUUUAUGUGCCAACGUAUGUUUGCCCCACAGAGGUGCAGCAGUGAUAAGGGUGGUGAUGGGAUGAGAAAAGCCAAGCAAGAAGAGGAAAAGGAUGAAGAGACAAAAGGAAAGGACCUUAAUCAAAAUGUAGCUUUUAGUGUGCGUCCCGAAUUUGAAGCACUCGUGGAGGAGAACAUUCGCAACUUUGCCAACAAUCCCAAAAUACGUGAGCUUCCCUUUCCCAACAAUUUGUCACAGGAGGAAGUUGUGUGUGUGGCUACAAUUGCCAAAGCUGCUGGUUUAUCUGUCAUGCAUUCACAAAAUGGUACUAAUUUCAGUUUUAAGAUUGUGAAGAAGUUGUGAAAUCUUUAAGGAAUAGAGGGAUACUCCUCUGCUGUAAGGUGAAUAUAUAUUACGGAUAUAUACGGAAUUGAGAAACCGGUAUUGGAAAAUUAUUGCUGGUGAUUAUCUAAGGAUUUGUAUUUUGGAGGAAACUUAGUAUUAAUUGAUAUUUGUGUAUCUAAAUUCACUCUCCAAAUGCUUUUAUAACUAAAAAGUCCUAUUUCUGUUAUAUUAACUUUUUCUAUACGUUUUUUGACAGAAACUGAAAAAUUUAAUUUUUAUUUUGUUAACAGAAUAAGAAAAAUCAGUGUUUAUGUAUAUUUGUUCAAAUGUAAAUUAAUGUUGUACUUUAUUUGCCUUAUUUAAGGUAACAAUGAAACUUCACAUGAUCUUUUUUUUUUUUUACUAUUUCUUAAUGCAUAUACAAUUACUUAUUAUGUGUAGUAUAUAUGCACUCAUAUUGGAUGCAUAGUGUAGCACAAUGUCUUUUUUGUUUGCUUUUUUAGGUGGAGGAAUUCUUUCAUCAUUUCCUGAUUACCUCAUAUGUUGCUCCAUAUGUGCCAGUAUCAUUUCUGUUUUUUUAAUUAUUGAUGAUAAUAGCUAUUCAUAUAUUAUAAUUUCACAUUUGUGAACAAGACAGAUUUUGAUAAUGAAAACUUCGAAUAGAUGUAUAGCUUAUUAACUUUCUGCAUUAUUACACAUCCUAGUCACAUGUGCUUAUUAUAAUAGUACAAUUAAGUACAGUCAUAGUCAUACACCACAAAACUUGGAAUUUUGGGGAUAACUCUAAAGCAAAAAUCAGGGAAUAUAAUCAAAAUUAGUAUUUAUAUAUGUGAAUAGAAGGAUACCAAUAGUUUCAACCCACUGACACUAGGAGUUGCACUGACCAUUAUAGCUUGGUUUUGUGAAUAUAUUUACACAUAGGUGUCUCCACAAGCACAAGGAGACAAUAAUUGACAUCACCCAUUUGCCUCACUCCUAGAAUUUUCUUUAUAAUUAUGUUUUCUAUUGAUUUUACUGUCAUUACUGUUACUAUUAUUGAUUAACAACAAGAGUUUUAUAAUGUUACUAACAAUACAAACAGUAAUGAUCAUAAAAACAACUGAAAAUCAAGGAAAAGAUUAAACAGGUGAGGUGAAGGUAGACAUAGUAAUUGACUUCAAUUUAUUUGGAAACAAUUGUGAUUAACUGAAUUCACAGUGGACUAAGCAUGUAAGCACGUACCCUCUCUGUGUCUAUGGGUUAGCAUUUUAUUUUAGUGUAGC